AUGAUGCCUCGAUUUCUCGCCCGGGCUUCCCCUCACUUCGCGCGGCACCAGGACAGGAGGGGAAAGGACGCAGAAAAAAAGAAAACAACAAGGGGAGCCAUUCUGAGACACGCGCAUGCAGACGAAUUCUUCCCUGCCGGUGAGCGGCCGCGACGGGGGAAUACGGAAGCAGGAAGAGUUGGAAUGGGCGGCAGCGUUGGAUGGGCCGCUCAUUUGCUGAGGGCUUGCGUGCGUGCAGAGUUUUUUGCGCCCCGUACUGGCUGGUUGAGCCUCAGUGGGGAGCUGGAGCGCGUGGGAGAGAGACAAGAGCCAGAGACAAGAGGCAGCGAUCAGGUCCAGGUCCAGGUCCAGGCACUGGCCAAUGUCCAAGACAGAAUCCCAGGCCCCCAAAAGCCGUUGUAG